AUGGCGAACUCUGUUACUGAUCUGACGACUGGCUGCCAUGCUCUGAUUGAUGGAUACGGCACCCCGUACGGCUACCUACCGGCCUUCGCCCCGGGCGUGGUUUUCUGUACCUUGUUUGGUCUUCUGGCAGGAGUACACGUCAUCCAGAUGGUGAUAUACCGACGGUUCUGGUGGACCAUACUUUUUGUGGUUGGCUGUUUGACUGAGGUCCUAGGAUGGGCCGCCAGGAUCUGGACCACGCGAUGCCCGUACAACCUGAAUGCAUUCCUCAUCCAGUUCUCCACUCUGAUCAUUGCCCCCACCUUCUUGACCGCCGGUAUCUACAUCCUGCUCGGGUGCUUUGUGCAGAUCAUAGGUCAGAGAUCUUCCUUCCUCAGUCCGCGCAGCUACCUCUGGAUCUUCAGCGCCUGCGAUCUUAUUUCCAUUGUCAUCCAAGCUGUUGGGGGUGGCAUCGCUUCCGCGGACUCCAAAAAGGUCAACGGCAACCUUGACCACGGAUCCAACAUCAUGCUCGCCGGCGUGGUAUUCCAGCUCUUUUCCAUCACGAUCUUCAUUCUCUGUGCCUGGGACGUUUUCUAUCGGGUUCACCGAUUUCGCCUAUCGGUACCGGGCGCAUCCAUCAGCCUCUGGCGCGGGGUACUAACCGCAGCGACCGUCUGCAUCUACAUCCGAUGCACCUACCGCACUAUUGAGCUCGGACAAGGGCCGGGCGGUUAUCUUCUCCUGCAUGAGAACUAUUUGAUCGCCUUGGAUGCUGUGAUGAUGGUGCUUCUGGUUGGGAUCUGUGCCGUCUUCCACCCUGGUUGGCUCGCUCCUCGGAAGGAGUUCUCGCGUCUCAGUGAGGUUCAGUUACUGGAAAGGGUGGAUUGA